AUGCCCUCUCGUAUCCCAUUGAACGCUUUUCUUGGUGGGCCAAUCGUCGGUGGAGAGUACUCAACAGGAGAUACAGCCCUGCGUUCAGUCUCCCAGGCAUUCUUCGAGCAAGUCUGCCCAGAACCGGUCGUCAUGCGAUGGGAGAAAGUUGCGGACCAGAGAAUGUGGGAUGAGUACUGGACAGUACCUGCAUCUCACGUCCUCGAUGUUUGGCUUGCCGCGAUAAACGCCAUUGAAGAACCAUGUCUGAUGAUCGCGGGAGAUACUCACCAAAUCAUCGAGCACGACAUGUUUGGGCAGAAAGACCGGCUUCUCGGGAUUUGGCCUGCACUCACUGCUUCUCCUAUCCUGAAGGCAUGGACAUGGUCUUCGCUCGUAUACGGUGCAUUCGCGAAAAAUAUACAGCUCUUCACAUCGCCCCCCCUUUUCGGCACUCAUAAUCAACCAGAGCAGGAUGCCGUCGCAAGACAGCUCGCUUACUGCAAUCCCCGGUCUCCUCGUCAUUCACGCGAGACGAGGGGACUUCCCCGGCCAUUGCCGAUUCCUUGUCAAGGAGUCUAUCCAGUGGUAAGCGUUCAACCAGUUCCCCGCUCUCCCAGACCACUAUACCCUACACCAUACGACGCACCGCUCUCCGAAAAGAAGGCAGCCUCUUGA